UAUAAUAAGACGCGCGCAAAGCGGUUUGGGGAUUCUCUGUAACGGCGUUUUCUUCACACCUGGAUUCCCUAGAGAGAGAGAGAGAGAGAGAGAGAGAGAGUGCGUGAAGAGUGUGAGGGUUUUUUUAGAGAGAGAAGUGAGAGAGGCAGAAGCGGUUUUGCGAGCACAGAUGGUGGUAUUGUAACGGUUGCAGAGAGAGGGGAUUGGUGGUUUUGCGUAACGGUUUUUCGAUCAGCGAGAAAAAGCGGUUGUGCUUGUGGUGGUGGGAGCUCUGUGAUUAAAAUCGUAUUAACAGCUGAUUAAGAGUCAUUAUUGGUCGUUUUAUUAUGCUUAAUUAUAAGUAUACAUUCAGCUCAACUUUGUCUGCUUAGACCCAGAGAGAGACAGAGAGAUAUAGAGAUAGAGAGAGAAAAAGAGGGAGAGGGAGAAGGAGAGAGAACCGAGAGAUUAUCUGGGCUUUGUUGGGGCAUUUUUGGAAUUUUUUGACUCAGGAGAGUUCGAGUUUCAGCGAUGGCGAAUCGAGAAGGUGGUGAUCUGUAUCCGGAGCUAUGGAAGGCCUGUGCGGGCCCACUCGUUGAAGUCCCUCGCAGCAACGAGAGAGUCUUCUACUUUCCACAGGGGCACAUGGAACAGUUGGAGGCAUCAUCACCAACAAAUAAGGAACUGAAUCAGGAGAUUCCGCAGUUUAAUCUUCCCUCAAAGAUUCUCUGUCGCGUCCUUAACAUUAACCUCUUGGCUGAACAAGAAACAGAUGAGGUUUACGCACAGAUUACUUUACUACCCGACACAAAUCAAGCCGAGCCUACUAGUCCUGAUCCGAGUCUUCCUGAACCUCAAAGAUCUACAGUUCACUCAUUCUGCAAGAUCUUAACUGCUUCAGAUACAAGUACCCACGGUGGCUUUUCUGUUCUACGGAAACAUGCCACUGAAUGUCUUCCUCCACUGGACAUGACCCAGGCAACCCCAACUCAGGAAUUGGUUGCCAGGGAUCUUCAUGGUUAUGAAUGGCGGUUUAAGCAUAUUUUCAGAGCAGGUCAGCCGCGUAGGCACUUGCUUACAACAGGAUGGAGCACUUUUGUUACUUCUAAGAGGUUAAGUGCUGGGGAUUCCUUUGUUUUUCUCAGAGGGGGCAAUGGGGAGUUGCGUGUUGGAGUUCGGCGUCUUGCUCGUCAGCAGAGCAGCAUGCCGUCAUCUGUGAUCUCAAGUCAAAGCAUGCAUGUAGGGGUGCUUGCAACUGCAACCCAUGCUGUUGCAACCCAAACUCUCUUUGUAGUCUAUUAUAAGCCAAGGACGAGCCAGUUCAUUAUCGGCGUAAAUAAGUAUCUGGAGGCUGUCAACAACAAGUUUUCCGUUGGCAUGAGAUUCAAGAUGAGGUUUGAGGGGGAGGAUGCUCCUGAGAGAAGGUUUUCGGGCACAAUAAUUGGUCUGGAAGAUAUAUCUUCUCAUUGGUCACAUUCAAAAUGGCGGUCGCUUAAAGUUCAUUGGGAUGAGUCUGCAUCAGUUCCCAGGCCUGACAGGGUAUCUCCUUGGGAGAUAGAACCUUUUGUGGCUUCUAUACCUGCAAGUGUUCCUCAACCAUCUGCGGUGAAGAACAAAAGGCCUCGACCAGCUGCUGAAAUUCCAGCCCUUGAUGCUACAAUGUCACCACCGAGUGUUGCUACUGAAGGCAAAAGAAGUGAAAACCAUGCUCUAUGGCAUCAUCAACAGGCAGACGUGAUCAGCAAUAACAACUCUAUCUCAAGGACUCAGACUGAUGGGGGAUGGUUAUCUCAGACAGGUGGUUCUAAACUUAUGUUUCAGGAUGCAAUGGACGAUACUAAAAAUUUUUCUGGUUGCCCUGUUUUCUCUGGAUAUUCAACUCCAAACUCAUCAAAGCUGAAAAAUGACUCAAUGUGUGACCAUGUUGAAAAUGGGAAGAAAACUGAGACACCCACUAGUUGCCGAAUUUUUGGUAUAGAGUUUAUUAAUCAUUCUGCAAGCUCCCCAUUUCUGGAGAAGACACCUCUACAACCAAUCAAUGCAUCUACUGGAAUCACUGAAGGACGUGUUAGUAACUCGUUGGCAGCUGAGUCAGACCAGAAAUCUGACGUUUCAAAGGCUUCUAAAGAAAACAAACCUGGACAGUUGCAAGUAUCCUCGAAAGAGACACAGACCAAGCAGAGUUGCUCCACAUCCACCAGAAGUCGCACCAAGGUUCAAAUGCAGGGGAUGGCUGUUGGCCGAGCAGUGGACUUGACAAUAUUGGAAGGAUAUGACCAGCUUAUAGAUGAACUGGAGGAGAUGUUUGAUAUCAAGGGACAGAUUCACUCUGGUAACAUGUGGCAGAUUGUCUUUACUGAUAAUGAAGGAGACAUGAUGCUUAUGGGUGACGACCCGUGGGCGGAAUUCUGUGACAUGGUGAAGAGAAUCUUCAUUUGUUCAAGUCAGGACGUGAAGAAAAUUAGUGCAGGGUGCAAACUUCCAUUGUCUUCACUAGAAGUUGAAGGAACCGUAACAAGCUCGGACUAACAUCUCAAUGGCGGGUCAUUCCUUUUUCGUUGUCUCUUUUGUUUCGUUCGAUUUUUGGGGCAUGUCUUUUGGUGGUUGGUUUGUGGAGGAGAGACUCUUAAUUUUGGGCAAAGGGAGGAAGAAGUUGGGAAGUUGGAAGAAGGAAAGAGGACAUCGGCUAAUUGAUAGCUCGUUUUUUAGAGCUAACUCUAGACAUUUGACUGGAAACUACAAGAGGCCUAAUGCAGCAGCAGCAUCUGUUUGGUAGUGGGUAGGACUUAGAAUCUGUGAAUAUUUAAAAGCUAUUUGUGGUGCAGUUGGGUUUGGGGUUUUCAGAUGGGGAGUCUUUGUUCCAUGUAGUUGUAAAUAUUUAUGUACUUGUUUACUUUGGCAGUGUACUAUUUUGGUCGUUAGUGAGUGACAAUAUGCAGUAUGCAAUCUUCUGUUGCUGUAUUUAGAUUUGAAUGAUUUAUAAUAAUCUGUACCAUUUGUUUUCUUCCCA